AUGUAUGGAUGGUUGGCAAUAGUGGGUAUUUAUGUUAUAUUCACAAGUUCAACUCUCUAUUUUGCUAACCCAGAUUAGUAUGAUGUUUCAUUAGUGGAACAGCUAUAAUAUGUUGAAGAGGUCUAUUUUCCUAAAGUAUCUAAUUACAGUUUCUUAAACACUCAUCCACAUAAGAUGAAAUUUUUUAGAGUACUAGACUAUGACAUUAAAACUCCAGAAGACAUCAAGUAAAGAUCAAAUACGGUACUAUUGCCAUUUAGUAUCACCGUUGGUAAUAAUGCUGAUUAUUAUUAGAUUACAAACAUAUUCAAUAGUUUGCAUAAUCAUACAAUCUUCUUGAAUGAAAAUCAAAAUGACACUCAUUAUCGAUUAAUGGCUUAUGCUUUUGAUCUCAAAGAAUUACCAUCCGCCUUCUCAUAGAAUAUCCUCCAUGAGCAAGCUGAAUUUGUGAGUCAUUGCUUAAAGUUUUUGUUUUAAAAUGGAAGCAUUGACUAUAUAAAUAUGAUAGGACACUCUAUGGGUGGAGUUGUGAAUCUCCUUGCCUCCUAAGAAUCUGAUUUUCCUUUCGAGAAAAUAUAAAUGUUCAUAAACCUAUGCUCACCAUUAAGUGGUUAGAGUCCCUAAUACUUUAAUAAUGAUGUGGAAAAGCUAUUUGAAGAAAUACUAAGUAAGAAUGAAUGGGCACUUAAUUACAUGAAGGAAAGGAUAGUUCAUCUAAACUUUCAUGGUGGAACGAGAGAUGGACUUAUCAGAGAAGAAAUGACAGUUGAAUCAAACAGAAUAGGAUUUAAACAUCAAUAUUAGAUAGUGACGACAUAACUUAAAAAUAACUAUGCAUCUAUCGAUCAUAAUAGCCCAAUGUACAAUAAGAGAUUUCUCGAUACAUUCGUUCCUGGAAUAGUUUAGAUCUCACUCAAAUAUUAAUCAGAUGAUGGAAUUGAGGACAUUGAUAGUCUAAUUAGAGAAUUGUUUGAGUUCUAAGAAACUAGUCAUAAGCAUCAGUACUUUGUUUAAACUAAAACUACUUAAAACACCACUCAAGUAAUAAAUUAUCCUGAGAAAAAAAGAGCAAUUGAGCCAAUUUAAAAUUUGUCAAAGAUAAGGAUAGAUUUAGCUGCAGAAUACAAAUCUAAGAAUUUGACCUAUUAAAUAUAUGGAUUAUCUGAUCGCAGAUUUGAUGUAACAUUGAGACAAACUUUUAAAGAAAGUGAAAAAUAACUUAAUACAGUAGCAAGUAGGUUAUACUUACCCUUCAAUUAUUAUAAAGCUACAAUAUAGCAUUUGACCUCAAUGGAUGAAUUGUAUAUCACAAUGAAUCUUAGAAGUGAUCAGAAUAUUUUGAAUGAUGUAUAGAAUUUUAAACCAGGUAACGACUAAAUAGAUCCAAAAUAUUUUCCCUUGAAUGAGGAGAAAUAUCAGUAAAUUGGAAUGAAAAUACUAGAGUACAAUUCUUAAAACUCUUUAGAUUAAAUUGAUCUAUUAUUUUACUUCAUGGGGAUAAAUUAUGAUCUGAGUUUAACUGAUAAGAUAUAUAUUAAUAGAGAUAAGACAAUUUCAUAGUUGAUAAGUACAAAUUUGCCCUUGAAAAUAUGUUCGAGUAGCUAAUAGCCAGUGAUAGUAGAGAUAAAAGAGCACUAAGAUGAUAAAGUAAUGAUUUAGAUCCUAAAUGAAGAAUCUAAAUGUUUCUGGACAUAUCCUAAUAUGAUUGAUAAUUAAAAGAAAGGCUAUAUUUCAUUGGAAUUCUAUUCCUUAAAUUAGCACUCUGAUUCAGAUGUUAAAAUUAACAUAUCUCCCUUUUACUCACAAAUCUUCAGGUAGAGUAUAAUUGAUAAGAUUUGGAUUGCUCUUUAUUUGUCUUACCUAAUGGGUAUUACAUACAUAUUUAUCGAAUCAUUUACCCUUGUGCAUGUUAUGCCAGUAGUAGUACUUGUACUUGAUUUUAUGAAACCAUAGAAUAUAACCCAAUAUAACUUGCUAGAUCGAAAUUAAUUCACCAUUCUUGACAUCACAACUAUUUAUACAAUAGCAACAAUUUUAAUGUAUGCCCCUGAUAUUGCUUUUUAUCUUGUAACUUCAAUAGCUUUGAAGCCUUUGAAAUAUUUACUGAACAGAGAUUAAAAGGUUAGUCAGAGAUCGAAUUAAAUAUUAAGACUAUUAUUGAUAUUAUUACAAGGAUUAUUUUUCUUGACUGAUAUUCACUUCUUCUUAGUGUACUUGCUUCCUGUUGCUACUCUAGUAAUUAAGGAUGAUAGUAUAAGGUAUAUGAAACUCUUUAAAAUCUAAGUAGCAUACUUCGUACUUUCAGUUGACAGAAUGGCAAUUGAUCACUGGAGAAUUAGAGAGUUUAUUAGAGGAUAGUAUCACUACAUCUUGAAUAAUCCUUUUCAAUCUGAGAUGAGAUAUAUGAUAAUUAUAGUAUCUGCAUCUAUUAUUUAUUGCAUGUAUGAGGAUAUAAUAACCUAGAACAGUCGCUAUAAGCUAUAUUUCCCACUAGUCUAAAAUAAAAAAGCAUAGCAAAGUUGCUUUAAUUGGAAAGUUUUUGGUAUUUAUUUUUUCAAGUUUGGUUUGCUAAUUUGGUAUGGAUUAGGAUUGCUAAAUUUAUCCCACAGAGUGUUUUUGUUUAAAUUUUUUGAACUAUACUGA